AUGACUUCAGAGACCACUUAUGCUGAAUUGAGUUUCAAAAAUGAAUCCAAGUCCUCAAGCACCAAAUCAUGGCCUCCUGCAGCUCCCAAAGAGAAGACCAGCCCACACAAAAGUAACCCCAGUUUUCCCAAGCUACUUUUUGCCUCAUUGCUGGUACUUCUGCUGCUAUUGGCAAUCUCAUUUUUUAUCACUUUUAUCAAGAAAGAUUGGAGCUGCUGCCCAAAGGCUUGGAAGUCAUUUAGUUCCAACUGCUACUUUAUUUCUACUAUAAUAAGAAAUUGGACUGAGAGUGAGAGGAACUGCUCAGAAAUGAAGGCUCACCUGCUGGUGAUAAACACCAAGGAUGAACAGGAUUUUAUCUUCCAGAACCUGGAUACAUAUUCUGCUUAUUAUAUAGGGCUGUCAGACCCAAAGGGAAAAAGAGAUUGGAAAUGGGUUGAUCAAACACCAUACAAUGAAAGUGUCACAUUUUGGCACUCGGGUGAACCCAGGAAUCUUGAUGAGGGUUGUGUUAAGCUACAUUUUCGUUAUCUAACAAGAAAAUGGGGCUGGAACAAUGUUCCUUGUAAUGGACAUCACAAGUCGAUGUGCAAGGUGAUGAAGAUCUACUUAUGAAUGGGAACAUUCUGCAUGAACAUGUAGUUGAAUUGGUAUCCACUAUUACAGAGAUAGCUAACUUGCUCUUUUUAUUCAUGUGUAAGUCUUGUGUAAGGAAUCUUCAUAGCAUUUUUCAGUAGGCUGUCACCUAUUCCAUUUAUGAUAGAAUCAGUAUACACAUUCAUUCAUUUGUGCCUUCUCCAUGUGUAGAGACCAUACUGGAGAGCUCUUUUGCAGACACAUGGAGGAAGCAUGAGCAUCCUUUCCAAAUCUUUG